ACCACGCCCACAUACAGGUAAGGGGCGGGGUUUUAAUGUGAAACCUCGAGGUGAAACUAAUCCAUAAGCAAAACGAGAAGAAUCAUUAAAUCCAGUGGAGUAGUCAGGAGCCUUGUUGAUGUGAGAAAUGCCGGAGCGGCACUAUAAGACGAGGAACCAGAACUAUCCCGAGUCUGACAGGAGAGAGCGGGACAGAGACUACAGGAGAGACAGGAGAACCGAGUCAUACAGGGAGGACAGGAGCACAGAUUAUCGUUACGAAGACAGAACGCCAAACUACAGAGAACCUGAUCAGGAAGUAUAUACAUCUAAUGAAUCAACAAAGGAAGAAGCUCUUUACAACCUAAAGUAUAUUCUUACAUCCAGAGGCCUUUGCCAGGGAGCACAGUUUGUCGUGAACUUGCUGAUUGUGAUUUGUGCCGGCGUUCCGUACAGCAACAAGGGUCGAUAUCAGGACAUCGCCAACCUGGGUGGACUCUACUACUACUACUAUGGCGGGGCUCAGGCAUUCACGGUGCAGGAAGCGGCGAAAGUAAAUGAGCUGGACGACCUUUUCUAUAAGCUCAAGAUCCCUCCGUAUAUCUACAGCAUGGCAUGUGGUGGCGCGCUGAUGGUUUACGCGUUAAUCGUGCUGGCGCUCGGGGUGUUCCGUGUGCCCUACCGCUACCCCGUCGUGCUGCUGCCCGAGGCCCUACUGGACGCACUGAUAAGCCUGGGGUAUAUCCCUGCGCUGGCCUUUUACUUCAUCAAAGUCAAAGAGACGUACAGUAACCCGAUCUGCAAGCAGAGAGAGGAGAUGUACAUGACCAAAAACAUCAAGGGUUACGAGUGCAGCCUGAGCGGGACGGACGUCGCAGGUGGCAUCUUCGGCGUGUUGGGCGUCUUUGUGUUCAUGAUGAGCGCCGUGUUUGCCGUGAGAGCGUUUAGAGCCGUCAGACAGAUGAAGCAGCAGAGGGAGGCAGAGAAUGACCGCUUCUAGACCUCUAAACACUACCACUGUAAAAUCGAUGGAGGAAGCGCAGGGGAUCGCUGGAUCAUGUUACCUGGGAACGUUUGUUACUCUAUUAGCUAUGCUGAUUUUUAUGCACAUAUGCUGAUUUUUUAAGGAUUUUUACUUCACUACACUUUUUAUGUUUACAAUAAACAUUAAUGUGAAUUAAUAUACAAUUUAUUUGUAUAGCAUUUUUAACGGUGGACAUUGUCUCAGAGCAGCUUUACAGAACAUAAGAAACAUAAUACAAAAAGUUUAUUAUACAAAUAUUAAUAUAAUAAAAAAAAGUUAAGAUUAAUAUUAAACUUUUAAUAUUAAACAUUUAUAUGUGUUUGUAUUUAUCCAUAAUGAACAAGUCUGAGGUGACUGUGGUGAGGAAAAACUCCCUUAAGCAGAAGAGGAAGAAACCUUGAGAGGAACCAGACACAAAAGUGAACCUCAUCCUCAUGUGGGUGACACUGGAGGGUGUGAUUAUAAAUAUACAGUCCGACAAUUGUGUAUUAAUGAGGAGGAUGUUGUCCUCAAAGACCACAUGGAGUUAGCAUCUCCUCUUAACAUGUCUGAAUAUUUCAUGACGCGGAAUCCAACUAAACAUCUGGAACAUCUCUAGAUGCCUCAGGAUCCUCACAGGGUCGGUCUCAUCUCAAUGAAGGUCCAAAAUCUUCAUGAUGCAGAACACAACUGGAGCUGGUACAAUUUCUGUAUGCUUUGGGAUGGGUAGAAAAAGUGAAGCAGUCGAUGGGAAUUAGCGUAGCUGCUGUUCAUAAUAUUAGCAAGUACUAGAUGAUAAUGUGCAUGUGGUCAGAUGUAAUGGAGCACAAGAUUAUGGGAAGUACUGUAUGUGUAUGUCUGACUAAAGAGACAUGUCUUUAAUCAUUUAAACUGGAAAAGUGUGUCUAAGCCCUUUCCCAGUUUAAAUGUAGAUUAAAAAUGUAGACAACAAAAGAAUUACUUUUCCAUGUUGUAUUUACCUUUAACUAAAUCUCCCAAAACCAGUACAUCAACGCUUCCAAUGAGGAUCUUUUUAUAUCUCAUAAGCGUCAACAAUCUUGUUUCCGAAGGCCUCAGCGAACUCUUGGAUCUCACCACGGUGAAACCUCUCACUUCAACAAUUAAGAGCAAAUAUCUGAGGUUUAAAUAACGUCCUAAUAAUUUACACCUGAUGCGAAUCACCUGUAGGUCAUUUUAUCCAUUUUAAGGACAAAUAAAUGUGGGCUUGUCCUCACCUCUUUCUCACAAGAAA